CAGAAAGCGCGAAAAAUCAGCCGGAAGAACAGAGGAAAUGAAAGUAAAUACUGCUGAUGGAGUGUGUUAGUUUGAAUUAAAAAUCGCUUAAUAUACGAUAUACAUUUCCUUUCGGAAUGAGGAGUCGCAGCACCAGUCUACGUCAGAUAUCCGUCACCUCUGAGCCUCAACGUACGUUCUUUCUCAAGCUUGAGUGGGCUGAAGAUCUCGGAUCUGGCUUUGUCAUUCUUUUGUCUGAUGUUGUUUCUGCAUGGAGUGGUGAAGUUUCAGAGGAGGAUGUGUCCCGGGAAGCCCAGGAGAUAGAGAUGGAAAGGGACCUGUAUGUUCGUUACCUGCACCUGGCUCUCACCGGAGAGGGACCGGUAGCGGAGGGGGAGUACAUCUUCCACCUGGCACCUGAGAGACCCGGCAGCCCCCUGCUGCAGCUGUCUUAUGAGAAGGUGCAGAGCGACAUCUCGUUCAGGCUCGGUGUGGUGGAGCUGCAGGCUGUGCCAGAGCCCACUGAAGUCAUAAGGGAGCUCAUUAGUCAUGGCCUGGAGCUGAGCACACGUCUACAGGCCAAAAAUCAGCACCUGCUUGAGGAGAACCAGAAACUGAAGCGAGAGCAGGAGCACAUCACCACUGAGAUGGAAAGGUACGUCCAGGGAAAGGAGACCCUCGAAAGGGACCUCUACAGUCGCUUUGUGCUGGUUCUAAAUGAGAAGAAGGCCAAAAUUCGAGCUCUGCAGGAGAGAGUCAAAGAACUCCAGGACUCUAUAGAUAAGGAUAAACUGAGGAAGAAAGCAGGAAGUGAAGACAAAGAGGUGAGUGAAGCUGCAGCAGAUAAAAGCCCAGGGGAAGAGACCGAUUAUGGAGGUAGCACAGAAGAUGAACAGGAGGAAGAUUCCAUACGCCCCGACCCAAAACCUCUUCUACAAGAGAUGCCAGAAAAAAGCCCGAUGGAUGACAGUCUGAAUGACAUCACAGAUGUGGCCCCCUGCCGCAAACGUCGCCAUCGCCAUCUGCAACAGCUAGAGACUCAAGCCAAACAGGCGGCACUGGACCAGCGACAGAGAACCAGAGAGAAGCCGACGGAUGAGGCCAAAGCAGAGACGAGCAAAACUCCAAAUGUCCAACUGAAACCAACAACCAGUGUGACAAACCCUGAUCCAGAUGACCUUUUUGAUGAUAUAUGACCUCAAAGGAGCACCAUUUGUGAAAACAUGACUCGAAUACUGUUUGUAAGCUCUAGGAGUAAAAAAAAUGAUACUAAAAAUUAAAAAGUUUAUUUACAAUAAAUAUGAAUUAAAUUAAAAACUACUUUUUUAACAACAAAAAAGGGGGGAAGCAAGAGGCAUGUCUAAAUAGAUCAAUUUUUAACUCUGUAAGUGUGAAUAAAUGUAAUAAAUUUGAGUAAAGAGGUCUUUUUCUAAUUUCCAAAGAAAUGAUCUUGAUUUCUGAAUGGAUUUGCAUUAUAUAAUUAUCGCAAAUACUGAGGGUUAAGGGAUUUAAUUAAACCACACUAAGAAAAUAUUAUGUGUGUUACAUUUAUAUAGUGCUUUUUCAGGCACUAUACUCAAAGCACUUAACACAGUGAACUCUCCUCAACCAGUGUGCCACAUCCACAGUGCACCAGUACACUCACCAGCUAUUGGUGGAGAGGAAAGAGUAGAGUUUUAGAGCCAAUUAAUGGAUGGGGAUUAUUAGGAGGCCAUGAUUGAGAAGGGCCAAUGGGGGGAAUUUGGCCAGAACACCAGGGUUACAACCCUACUCUUUACAAGAAGUGUCCUGGGAUUUUUAAUGACCACAGAGAGUCAGGACCUUGGUUUAAGGUUUCAUUUGAAGGACAGUGCCUUUUUACAGUAUAGUGUCCCCAUCACUAUACUAGGGCAUUGGGACCCAUAUAGACUGCAGGGUGAGAACCCCCUGCUGGCCUCCCCAAUACCACUUCCAGCAGCAAUCAUAGUUUUUCCCCAGGCGGUCUCCCAUCCAGGUACUGGCCAGGCUCAACCCUGCUUAGCUUUAGUGGGCAACCAGUCUUGAUCUACAGGGUGGGUGAGAGAGAGUGAGUGAGAGUGAGUAUUAAUGUGCAAAAAUUCAGCACUGUACUUAAAAAUCAUGAUUGCAACAGAAAAAGAAUGUAAUAAUGCUAUGCUAAAAAACUGACAAUUGGUAACCAUGUACAGUGAAAAAUUACGUUUUAUUUCACAUGACAGUGCAUGUCAUUUUGCAGUUAAAUAUUGUAAAAAAAAAAAAAUAUAUAUAUAUAUAUAUGAUUUACAUUAAAGUUAAUAGUGAAAAUUUUUAUUUUACAAGGCAAUACAUGUGAUUUUACAGUAAACUAUUGUAAAAAUUACAAUGCAAAAUAAAAUUUGGGAUUCCCAGAAGUCCCUGUAUGACCCAUCACAUUUUAUUAUAUUUUAGAACCGGUAUGUUUCUUCAUAUUUUAGGUACCUUUUUAUACUUUGCGUGUUUUAUGUUAGCCUACAUUUUAUGUUGAUUAGUUAAUGUUUAUCAUUUUAUUGUUACCUGUGUUACUAUAUGAUAGUGUUUGUGUGCCCAUUGCUCCUGAAACGGCCACCCUUGAUGAAACUGAAGUCAUCGUGUGGCAUUUUUCUGUGUUGCUAUGGUGGUUAACAGUAAAAUACACAGGCACCAAACUGACAUUGUGAAAAAUGAAUACUGUUUUUAUUUAUUUGUUGUUUUUGUUUUUUUUUCCCAUGAAUUUCUGACACAGCA